AUGUGUCACCCAGAUGAUGAGAGUAAGGUUAAGCGGGGCUUUUACGACAUUGCUGGAUUUCCAGGGAUAAUUGGAUGCGUUGAUGGUACACAUAUCCGUAUUAAAUCCCCAGGAAAUGAUGUAAAACAUCUAUAUUACAAUAGGAAAGGAUUUUACAGCAUUAACGCUAUGGUGGUAUGCGAUCAUACAACCAAAAUAAUGUUCGUUGACGCUAGACAUCCUGGAGCUAACCACGACUCAUUUAUAUGGGAACAAAGUCCCAUUAACGAAAUGUUAGAAAGAGACUUUGAAAAUGGAAAACGAAAUACGUGGGUCCUAGGGGAUGGUGGAUAUAAGCUGAAACCAUACUUAAUGACACCGUAUAGAAGUCCUCAAGAUCUGCCUGAAAGAACAUUUAACAAAAAGCACAUAAGCUCAAGAAAUGUAGUAGAACGUUGCUUUGGAGUGUUAAAGAAUAGAUUCCGCUGUAUUUUAGGAUCGAGAGGGCUUCAUUAUGAUCCCCAAAAGGCAACGAAAAUAAUUAAUGUGUUGGUGUCCAUGAAUAAAUUCUCUGGCCUAGAUGAAGACGAGGAAUAA